UAGUUAUGGAGAAAUGAGGUCAGUCACCCAAUUUAAGCCUUUUCCUCUUAAUCCCACACACCGAUCACUAGUAUUACUUCAAAACUCCGGCGAAUAACGUAGGUGUAGAGCACUGCUCUAGUGUACAUGUAUAUUGAAUUGGGCCCACCAAACUUAAGUUGACUUUAGUUAUUACUUAUUCGUAUCAGCAUUAGCCUGUUUGGAGUGCAUUGGCUUGGCAAUUUUUUCUGGGCAAUGUUUGCAUUAAAUUUAUAAGUUUGCCACAGAGGAUUUACAUUGAAGAACUACCUCUGCAUGAUAUGCUCAGCAUCAUUAUGAAUUUAACUAUGGAGGUGGAGAAGCUGAUGUGGCCAACCAUGGACCAUGUGCUAGACAGGAAUGACAUGCCACAGCUCAUGUUGUCAUUUUCCAUGGACAAUGAUACACAGACACUGACAAUGUUGGACAGCAUUGCAGACUCAAUCAAGGUGGAGGCACCAGACCCAGAUGCAAUGAUGUCCUGCAGUGGAUCGAACUUGAGUGAAGUCAUCAAUGAAGUUGUGACCUCUUCGCCACUCUGUCUGACCCCUUUUUCAACAGGCCCAGCCCCCAGCACUGCUGCCAGUGCCACAAAAUUCAGCACCCCAGCAGUCGUAUCUGUCGCUACAGGACCUAAACUGACCGCUGCCCACUCCUCCACCAAUGGAACCAAGUCACCACAGUGUAAAGUCUGCAGUGAUGAAUCCUCUGGGUUUCAUUAUGGUGUGGACUCCUGUGAGGGGUGCAAGGGUUUCUUCCGACGCUGUAUAACCCAGGGGAUGACCCACAAGUGUUCAAACAAUGAGAAGUGUGAAAUCACACCAUUCACACGAAACAGUUGCCAGUAUUGCAGAUUAAAGAAGUGCUUUACUGUGGGAAUGUCCAGAGAAGCUUCCAGACUUGGACGGCGACCGAAGAAACUGAAGGAUCCGAAUGCGGAUAGCACAAGAUCUCAUUCGGGGAACCUCCCGAUAGCUCCAUACCCGUCCCCCGCUGAGCUCCAUCGACAGAAAAUGGCUGAACUGCAGCGCCUCCUGCAGGCCAAUGGGACAUUCAAAUCAGAACUCAUGCAGGCAUUUAUUUCAGCACAGAUGUCUCUCCAGGAGCAGUUUGGCUACACGCCAGUGUCCACGGCUUCUGAAGAUCAGGCGGCAGCGGCCAACCCUGCCAAUCAGGCCACCAUGGCCAAUGCCACCAUCGUGAACGGGUUGAACAACAUGCCGGAAAGUGCCGCCACAACCACAGCGGUCAGCACCGGCAACGUCACUGUGGCCCCUACGGCAAUGAACAUUGAGCCUGGCUAUUCCAGCUUAAGCAGCCCUGCUAGCAGUAAGAGCCAGUCUCCGAUGCAGUAUAGCAGUGCGGCCAACAACAGUGUACCUCAAACUUCGACCCAAGCUACGGCUAGAAUGCCCAUCUCUACCUCUGCUUCUAGCGGUAACAACAACGUCAAUCCCAUGAUGAAUGUGGACAUGGCUCAAAUGGUGCUGGACUGUAACAUGGCGAGGAUGUUCGGACAAGGCCCAUUUUCCUCCAAUGGAGAUAUGAUGUCUUCUGUAGUUCGCUCUGCCAUGGAGAAUGCAGGUCCUCAAAAGUCCAUGCAGAUUCAGGCUAUGUUGCCCAAGAGCCCAAGCCAGCCUGCACCAGUGACAGGUCUCCAUCAUGCCAAUGCGGACAACUGGGUAGUGAUGACCGAGACAGAGCGUAUUUUGCAAUUUGUGAAAAAAACACCAACAGAAAUGAGGAAACAACUAAUAGAUCAAGUGACCAACACAAUUGUAGAGGCUCACAUGUCAACAUGCCGUGUCACCCAUGAGGCUGUCGAGAAGGCUGUCAAAAGGUCGGCACGCUUGGCUUCUACCGGUCGUGACCGGACCAAUGAUUCAAUGUCUAUGUGGCAACAGUUUGUCAAAAACAUGGUUCCAGAAAUUACUUCUGUGGUUAAAUUCUGUAAGAGACUUCCUGGAUUCACAGAGAUUGACCAAGAUGACCAGAUCCGAUUGAUUAAGCAAGGAUCCUUCGAAUGUUUGUUGUGUCGAUUUUCCAUGCUGGUGGAUUCGGAUUCCUACGAGAUGUUGGACCCAGAUAUGACGAUUCGAUGUACAAGGGAGGUGGUUCGGGCCAUGCCAAUGGGAGAUUUCUUUGAGGAAUUCUUUGUUCUAGCUGAAUUGUUUAACCCUCUCAAACUUACCGAUGGAGAAAUUGGAAUAUUUACAGCGCUUUUGGCCAUGUGCCCAGAACGACAAGAAUUAAUUAAUGUUAAAACGGUUACAAAAAUCCAGGCGCUAUUCUUUCAAGCCUUGUUCUUCCUGAUGCGGAAAAAUCAUGCAGAUGCUGAGGGUCUGUUCUGCCAACUGCUGAAUACAAUACCAACCCUGAAGCAAAUAAAUGAGCAGCAUUGCAUGGCUCUUAACAGUAUCAAGAUGAGAUCGCCCAAGAAGGCUGAAGAUUUCCCUCCCUUGCAUCAGGAAGUCUUCUUUCUGAUGUCGUAAACUCUUUCGGCGUUGUAAUUGAUUGGUAAUGUGUACCGAUUCCGUAAAUAAUUGAUUCACAUGUGGCUGCGUCAAAUGAAGCCUGGAACUUUGGUCAUUCGACCAGUCCAUCCCUCCAGUUCAAAACCUACAGUAUUCGAGAGCAUGGAGCAUUGCUUUCAUCGCCCUAAUAGACUUGUGGCCAAAUGCGGGGAUGUGGGAGGAAUAAUGAACGACUCCCUGAUUUGAGGAAUCACAUUGCUUACCUCUUGCUUGAUGGCAGAUUCAUGAGGGGCUAUACUAAAAUAACUAAUGUAAUUGUGCAAAACUUCAGUGCUGAUUAUUAUUGAAGAUAAAACCCACAGUAAUUGCUUAAUCCAUGACAACCGACGGCUGGGACUAAAAGAGGACUGACCACCUGUUUGUCAGCGCAUGUGAUCCAUUGUAUGUGACAAAUGCAAUACUGGUAAAUUCUGCUGGGCAUCACCGAUGGAAUGCCUAAAAAAAUGAUGCUUGAACAUGAUUGGGAUGGUGUAUAUUUUGUGUAAAUUCCAGGAAAUUUGACACAAGCUGGUGUAAAUAUUCCAUUCAAUGCAUUCAGGCUUAUCUGAUGAACCAGUGGCAGGACUUCUCGCAACCAUCCACAAUAUAGGGGCCUUACCAUUCAGCUGUUUUGUAUUCGCCAUAUAUAGACCAGAAAACAAAGGGGAAAGAUAAAUCAACCCCUCCCCCCCCCCCUUCCAAAAAAAAAAAAAAUAACAAACACAAACCAAAUUGAACUUCUUUUCUUAUGAGCUGAUGCAUUUGCAAGGGCUCUAUACAAGCUACGUGUUAAUAUAUAUAUAUUGGUGUAUAUGUAUGGUCAUUGGAUAUCUAUUGGAAUUAUUGAUGGAUGACCAAUCAAAGUGAUGUUUUACAAAGGAAGGAAGUUGGUUGGUGGGCAGUUCUUGACUUUAUGCAAGUUGCAAUGAUAAGUACGUGAUUUCAAGUAUCUACGUAUAUACACGAUGGUUUGCAAGUAUAUUUCUUGCAUUGGUUGCCAAGUGUCUGUUAGUACAAAUACCUGAACUGCUGAUCAACAAGCAUCUCUCCGUUAAAGAGAUCGGAUGUUUUCCAGAUGGAGUGAUCUUCUUUGGGGAUGGAGAAUACACCAACUUUUGUUUACCGAUACCUACAAAAAGAUGAAGAGAACAUAUGGAUGUUGUAUGCCUAAUGAGGCAUCUGGACAAUGAAGUGUGUUUCUUUGUGUGUGAUGGUUAUUCUGAGGGAAUUUUUUGUCUUGUCUACAGUUAAUCAUAGUGAUGUUGGAGGAUGGUACAAGAGUUUUGAAAGAGUUUGAUUGUUUGUUUGAUUUCUUAGACAUUUGAUUUGAUUUGGUCUGUGGUUUGCGAUCUGUAAGACUGAAAGUAUAAAAAAAAAGUUUUCUCAAAACCUACAUAGAGUAAAUUGUUUGUGAAAUCCUUUGGAAGUGGAUGUGCUGUGCUUUAUCAUAGGACACAUUUUGGGAAUUUCAAAUCAUGGCAUGAGUAUGUAAAAUAUAUUAUUAUUAUUUUUUUUUUUGGUUUAUUUCUUUUGCUUGAUCCACCACAGUUAGUCUUUUAUGUAUUUUUGGGGAUAAAUGAAAAAGGUAAGUCAAUGUAUUUCUUCAAAAGCCUUACUUCCAGAAUUCUGAAUAUCUGGAAUUAACAAAGUGUAGAACAUGUAUUAUCUGGUUACAUAUCCUAACAAGAAAAACAUCUUAGUAGUAUCAGGUAUAUGAAUUUUUUUUCAAUUGAUUGGCAUUAGAAAUGUCAUUGACAAGUGGGUUUGUUUUAAGGUAAUGAUUUUAGAUGGAGGCUAGUAGCCAGUCUACCCAUUUUUAUUUGUAAAAGUUUAUAGAACUGGUUAGCAGUGGUGUACAUACUGACAUGCAAGACAUCAUUAGAAAUCGUGUUGAAAUCUGAAACCACCAAAUCAGAUAAGUCAAGAUUUUAAGUGCAUAAUAUGUCAAUGACGCACAAAUUUAUGGGUUAAUUGUUUUAUGUACAUAUAUUUUACUCAUUACUGUUGAUUUUAGUGCUAGUGUAAUACAUGUAGGAUUUUUUAAACCCAAUCCAUGUGUAGAAUUUAGGAUUUAGGAAAGCUGAAAAUUAUACAUCUUCUCAUUUGCGUUUUUGACUUCAGAAAGAAUUGAUUGUCUCAUAUUUUGUUUUAAGAAUGUAAGUUAACCUCAACCAUUACAUAAAAGAAUAAAAUACCCUGUAGCUGCUGAAUUUGAGACUUCAUAUUGUAAGGGCACAUUUUUAUGUUAGCUUAAUAUUUGUAUUUGCCUUGCCUUAUUGUGUUAGACACACAUUUCUUUGAAACAGACAUUCAUUGGUUAUAUGUAAACUUGAUGAUUAAUAUUGUCUUGUUAAGUUUGAACUAAUUACAACAUGUUCUCAUUUAGGACAAAGGGUUUUUUUGUUUAUCUUUUCUGCAAAAUCUCUUUUUAAUGGCCCCAUGUAGCAAUAAUUGUAUUUAAAUGUUAAAAACAUGUCAGUAGAGUUCCCUAAGAUAUAGGCAUAAUAUCUGUUUGUGAUCUCUUGAUUUGCUAAUUGCAUCGACUGUAGAACACACAGACUUAAAAGAAACCUGUAAAUUUAGCUUAGAUUUUUUGACUAAUCUCAGGAUAAGGUUUCAGGAAACGGUCCACUUUGCAUUAAUACUAUAUUAAGGUGCUCAGAAUCUGAAUUAAUGUUGGCAAAAUAAUACUUCAUUCAUUAUGCAGAUAUCUUUUUUUGUUAUUUCCUCAGGCUUCUUUGUUUGUGCCGAAGUGGGACUGUUUUAUUGAAAGUGUCUCUGAGAAUAUAAAAUUGAUAUUAUGAUCUGUUAUUUUAUGAUAUGAAAAUCUUUUAAAGGGUAAAUUUCAACCAUACUUUCAUUGUCAAUACUGUGUUUUUAACGGUUAAACCAGUUUUAAUUCAUUGAUUUGUACAAAUAUCUGCCUUAUUGCCUGUAACUCUUUGGAAAGUUAGCAGAAUGGCUUCUGGAUUUCAGUUGGACAAGGAAUUUUUGUAGUUAAUGCCUUGAAUAGCCUGGUCAUCACAAUGUAUUUCAUGCUUCAGAGAACCCUAUUCGCAUGAUUUGACAUGGUUGGAAAACAAAAAUGGCAAAAUUAUGUUUUGAGAAAGUAAAUGAAGAUUAAAUAUGUCAAGCAGGGAAAGCUUUAUUUUGCCCUAAUUCAAGUGAAUAAUACUUACAUGCAUUACAAAAGUAUAUGUAGUAUAGAAUUUGUACAUACAUUUAUGUAUUGGAGCUGAUAAGUAUAUCUAAGUUAGGCACUGCAAGAAUAUGAAAAGAAUAUGAAUUUCUUUGUAAUUACCUGCAUAAAAAGGAAAUGAAUCAGCAAAUGCUGCAUUUUGAUUUGUGGCUGCCUUCUGUUUGGUUUACAUUUGCAACGGUUAGGAUACUUCUGGCAUUUUCUUGGGGAGAGCAUGGGCCAAGACUGAUUAGCAAAAGUGUGACCACAAAUGUUAUGUUAAAAAAAAUUUGUUACUGGUAAUCUUUCAAUGAAUUGUAAUUUUUAUUUCUCUCCAUUUUGUUGAACUGCUGAAAAUGGGUAAGGAUUGGGUACAUAAACCUCCUCAAUAUUCCGUGUAAUUGUAGCUAACAUGGUCAUUGUUUCCAUAGUCAAAUUUGCUUUGUUUAUUAGUAUGUGUAUUUGUCAUUUUUGUCCUAUAAUGCCGUAGGUAAUCCAUCACAAGUGUAUAUUAUUUUGCCGUCUUAGUGUGAUAGGUUUUAUUUACCUGUAAGGCAUUAGUGCUAUGAGUGCACGCUUGCUAACAGUGCAUGUGUUAAAUUUGCAGAGAACCUAUUUGAGUUGCAAAUAGUGGUAGUAUAUCCAAUGAUAUCAGAUUUACUGUUAAGAUUGUUAAAACAAAUACGUGCCCCAUGUGUCAAAUAAUCCACAUGGUUCAUAUAUUGAUGAAGCUCUAAUGUAUUUUGUGCCGAUUCUGUGAACGUGUCAUUCUGUGCCGCCGCGUGGUACGUCGAUGUGACAUUAUUGCCCUGGUUUUAUAGUCUCAUUAUCUUGUGUGAUGGUGCACUAUGUAAAACUUCCCUAGGCUGGUUUGAUGUAUUAAAGAUGGCCUCAGGAGGAGCUGAAAUAAAACGCAUAAAAACAA